AUGAGCAAACGUUCCGCAAGUCCCCCUCUGACGCCGGGCAAACGGGCAAGAAAGCACCUCGUUUCCACCAUUCAUAAGCACUAUGAGCUGAUCAACAGUCAGGAUGACUACAAGUACAUGUAUCUGUCACUGCAGCCGCUAGAUAUAUUCUGCUGGGGCACCGGCUCAAUGUGCGAGCUAGGAUUGGGCCCUUCGGCCAAAAAUAAGGAGGUCAAAAGGCCCCGUCUGAAUCCGUACUUGCCUCGAGACCAGGCCAAGAUUGUUUCUUUCGCAGUAGGAGGAAUGCAUGUUCUGGCUUUGGACCAGGACAACCAUGUAUGGUCGUGGGGGACAAAUGACUCCGGCGCUUUAGGGCGUGAUACUUCUCACGCUAACGAGCAACUGAAAGACAUGGACGCUGAUGAUAGCAGCGACGACGAAGACGGAGACUUGAACGACCAAGAAAGUACUCCAAUAAAGUUACCUGAUGAAUCCCUACCACUGAAAGAUCACAAGGUUGUUCAGCUAGCUGCUACAGACAAUCUGAGCUGUGUCUUGCUGGACAAUGGUGAGGUUUACGCAUGGGGUACUUUUAGAUGUAACGAGGGCAUCCUGGGCUUCUACAAAGACACGAUCAAGAUCCAAAACACCCCAUGGAAGGUCCCUUCAUUCACUACAUCUAAGGUUGUCCAGAUGGCUGCUGGGAAAGACCAUAUUUUGUUUCUGGACGAGGGCGGUGUCGUCUAUGCUUGGGGAAAUGGUCAGCAGUACCAGUUGGGGAGAAAAAUCAUGGAGCGCUCUCGUUUAAGAACGCUGGACCCCAGGGCUUUUGGCUUAGACAAGGUCAAGUACAUUGCCACUGGUGAAAACCAUUCUUUCGCUUUAACUAGAGAUGGAAGACUGUAUAGUUGGGGCUUGAACCAAUUUGGCCAGUGUGGUGUUUCUGAAGAAGUGGACGACGGCGCCCUGGUAACGGUCCCAACUGAAGUCUUACUUCCCGAAGGGACAAGAGUAAAAAUGGUUUCUGCAGGUGAGCAUCACUCCAUGGUUCUUACUGAGGAAGGAGAGCUCUAUACCUUUGGUAGACUUGACAUGUUCGAAAUUGGAAUACCUAAGGCUAAGCUCCCGGAGCAGACUUAUAUUGAUGCCCAUGGAAAACCCCGUGCUGUGCCAGUGCCUACUAAGUUGGUUGAAGUUCCCCGCUUCAAGAACAUCGCUGCUGGCUCUCACCAUUCUCUAGCCAUUUCUGAAGAUGGUGUUGUGUUUUCAUGGGGAUUUGGUGAAACUUACGCAGUUGGUCUGGGCCCUUCCGGUGAUGACAUCGAGGUGCCUACUAGAAUUAAAAACACUGCAACGCAAGACCACGACAUCAUUUUCGUCGGAGGAGGCGGUCAGUUCUCAGUCUCGGGUGGUAUUAAGCUGAAUGACCAGGAUGCCGAAAAAAGAGCAGACAAAUACGAUGACUGA